AUGGUCAAAAUCGAGCCUUUCGCCGUCGAGCAAUGGAUGGACACGUAUGAAACCAAAACAACGUACAACAUAGCUGAGACAUGCUGUGCUUCCAUCUCCAUUGAAGACCUUCAAAACCUGUCCUCAGAAAAAUCCAUCAGGCCUCUUUCUCUGACACAAAAACUCACCUAUGGUGCUAUUCGAGGCUCCGACGAGUUCCUGGGGCAUCUGUCGCGUCUGUACUCGGUCAAGACACCGGACUCAUUGCCCAAAGAGAAUAUAUUGAUCACAUCCGGGGCUAUCCAAGCAAACUUCCUCCUCCACUAUGCUCUGGUUGGCCCUGGAGACCAUGUGGUUGUCCACUACCCAACUUACCAGCAGCUGUACUCGGUCCCUGAGUCCAUCGGGGCUGAGGUCAGUCUCUGGAAGGCGAGAGAAGAGAAUAAAUGGGAAGUUGACACAAAGGAAUUGGAGAGUCUGAUCCGUCCGAAUACCAAAUUAAUUGUUCUAAAUAAUCCUCAAAAUCCGACAGGUGCUAUUAUUCCGCGCUCAAAGCUUCAGGAAAUUGUAGACAUUGCUCGCCGCCAAUCAAUCAUCAUCCAUGCGGAUGAAGUAUAUCGUCCCUUGUUCCACUCAAUCUCCCCAGCCGACCCGGAAUUCCCGCCCUCUCUACUUUCUCUCGGAUAUGAAAAUGCAGUAGUGACCAGUUCCAUGUCCAAGGCCUACAGUCUCGCAGGUAUUCGGGUCGGAUGGAUAGCAUCGCGGAAUAAAGAUAUCAUCGAACGGUGCGCAGUAGGUAGGGACUACACCACCAUCUCCGUCAGCCAGCUCGACGACGCCGUUGCAUCGUUUGCUCUUGCCCCACACACCAUCCAUAACCUGCUAGACCGAAAUCUCCAGCUAGCCCGGAAAAACCUCGACCUGCUGGAAAAGUUCAUUGAAUCUCAUCGAUGGGGUUGUGAUUGGGUAAAACCAUGCGCUGGAACGACUGCCUUUGUGAAGUUCUCCAAGAUGGGCCGCCCAGUGGAUGAUAUUGCUCUGUGCAAGCUGCUGAAUGACAAAGCCGGCGUUCUGGUGGUGCCUGGUAGCCAGUGCUUUGGCCGUGAUGGUGAUUUCAAAGGCUAUGUGCGCAUUGGAUAUGUUUCCGAGACCGAGGUCUUGGAGAAAGCGUUGGAGAGGCUUCGUGAGUUUAUGAAGCAGGAAUUUAUUGACGAUGUGCCUUUGGCUAAGUAG